AUGCGUUCUUUUCAGUUGCUUUCGCUUGCAGCAGCAGCAGCAGCUCCAGCUUUAGCCGACACUCAUUACUUCUUCUCAGGCUUCUUCUCUGGCAGCAAUAUUGUUGGCGUGGAGUUCAAUGACCAGACUCAAUCGCUCACUCUGAAGAAGAACAUUACUACGGAUGCAUCGUCAGGCUCAAAGUGGAUUGCCUUGGAUUCUCGCUUGAAGAAUUUGUACGUCGGAACCACUGGCUACUUCCAAAGCUAUGCCAUCACCGACGACCUCGACUUGUCGUACAGCAGCAACACAGGUUCCAACGCCAACUUCAUCGCUGCUUCUACUGCAGCACCCUAUACCGUCUUCGGCACCCCAUACGGAGGUGGAUGCUCCAGUAUCGCGAUUACGGUUGACGACGCGGGUGUUCUUCAAGAGGCGACUGCCAAUGUUACCUACGACAGCGCUGCCGGCGUUCAUGGAACAUCCUUGAGUCACACUAAUGACUUCAUCUACUCCGCUGACGACAUGGGCAACGCCGUUUGGGUACACUCUUACGACAACACUACUGGCGAAGUCACAGAAGUUCAGUACCUCGCUGCGGCUGAGGGAUCGAACCCAAGGCACUUGGCUGUGCAUCCCAAUGGCAACUGGGUCUACGUCGUUUAUGAGGAAGCUAACUCAAUUGCUUCUUACAAGCGCGACACGACCACCGGCAAGCUGACUUUCACGAACACUACCUACUCAAUGCUGCCUUCAGGGUACACCAACACUUCUUCUUACUGGGCCGAUGAGGUUCUCUUCUCUAUCCCCGGCAGCGACGGCGACGCCAAUGCGCCUAAGUACCUCAUCGCUGCCACACGCUCCCGCACAACCGGCGUCCCAGGAUACGUCUCUGCUUUUUCUCUUGACAGCACAUCUGGUGCCAUCACUGAGCAACUGUUCCUUGUGCCUACUACCAACAGCGGCGGCUCCGCUAAUGCCGUCUCCCCAGCCAAGUUCAGCGAGGAUUACUUCGCGAUCACCGACAGCGGCUCUAACUUCCUGGAAAUAUGGCAGAUUGUCACAAAGGACUGCUCAACCACGGCGUCUGCAGUAGCGCAUCUUGAUUUGGCGUCUGGACCGGCCAACGUUGUUUGGUACAGCUGA